AUGACGACUGCUCAACACCAGCAGAUGGUAUAGGAAUAUGUGUCCAUGGAGUUCUCUAGCUCCACCACCCACAUGGAGACCUUCUCCCAGACAACCAAGACCGUGGGAGAGUGGCUGACCUCAGAUGACUCAGGCAACUACAGAUACAUUACAAACAAUAAGCACACAGAUGCCAUUACACUGUCCUUGCUGGCAACAGAGGCCAGGCCUGUCUCCCCCUCCUCUUCUAGGGUUUCCCUGACCCAAAAAAAGAAGCAGGAGGUGACAAACGAAAAGGAGAUGCUGAUGACUUGGGACAAAGUACCCAGUAAGGACUUUGCAAAGGUCUAUGUGGAAAUUCUGAAACCACUAGAAGAUGUAGAAACCAAGGUUGACACCACCAAUGUCUUCACCUGCAUUGGAGCGAAAGGACCAAGAUGCUCCGGUCAGCUCAUGAGGUAGUUGGGUACCAAGUGCAUGCUGGUUACCACUAACAUAAACAUGAGCAAUGCCAGUGCCUACAGCCUGAGUGGGAGAUACGUGGAUAAGCACCAUGGCAAUGAGCCAAAGUUCAUGGAAGAAGUGAAACUGGUGGCAGUGACUAUGCAGACAGCUGUGUUUGAGAUCCACCCCUCCGAGGAAGAGAAUGACUCUGCGUGGCAGUUCAAAGGAAGGGGUAACAAGUAUGAUCUCAGACCAUCUGAGAAUGGUCUGACUCAUACAGUUAAGAUCAAAAAUGCCAGACUCAGCAACAUUCUGUCUACGGGCCUUCCCUUUAGAUCUAUGAGCAGCUUCAAAAAUGCAUGUGUAAAAGAAAGGAGCCGCUCACCCCUUGAACGUGAGCUGAUGUCUAAGGAUGCGUCAGUAGCCUGAGAGGAAGAUGGGUGACUGCUGACAAAUAGCCUCAAGUACAGUGCGAGCCACACAGGCAAGCAAACUGAGUUGGUCAUUAGUGAUACACAGAGCGGAGAUGGCAGGGAAUACACCACAGUGGCCAUGGAGGAUGGGGACCCUGUGAAUACAAUCACAGGCUUGCCCAGUAUGUCAAUGGUAAAGCAGGGUGAGGAAAACAUGCUCAUCUUCCCCAACAUGAGCACGAAGCAUGAAUGAAAAUACACAUUCUGGGCAAACGGCACAGAAAAUGAAGUCUCCAUAUCCAUUAUAGGUAAGGCCCUCUAAAGCUGUCUUGUGACCAUGAAGGUGAUUAAGAUGCCCUUCCAAGCAAGGCCUUUACCCAAAGUGACCUAGUUCAAGGACGGUGUGUAGGUGACCAAGAGGAAGCAUGUGUCCAUGGAACUCAGGGAAGACCGGGACCUACUCACCAUCUCCGAUUGUAUACAUAAAGGCAUCAGCUUGGUCCUAUUCAGCCUCAGAAGUCACAUAGCAACUGCAACUGUGAACCUCAAUGUGCUAGGUGAGGGCACAGCCAUGAAGUUGUUUGAGAGCCCUCAGCUCUCAGGCUCUUGGGUAACCAUGCACAUGAAUAGAAGGCCCACCUGUAAAAUUGGUCAUAGUAGGAUAAAGGCAGUUGGCAAGAAAUCCUGGAUUAAGACAGGGGAGGUGGAUGACAAAGUGCCCAGCUUCACCGUAGAAGAGGGAAAAGCUUAUGUGCGCUGUAUUCUGGUGGUCAGUUGAGAGGGUGGUAGUGACCCACCUGACACUGAGGAAACCUUUCCUCAUAAUCCCAUAGAUGAUGGGCCAAUGCUUGGCUACUCUAUCAAGUGAAGAAAUCUGUGGGUACCAGUUAACAAGGAUCUCAUUCAGGCACAGACUACACUGUGGAGACAGCACGCAGACUAUAAAUUCUGAGUUAUAGCUCUGUAUAGAGCCACUCUAGGACAUCCCAGCAUGCCAAGCAGCUCAGUGGUGGUCAGGGGUCCUGUUAAGCCUCCAGGCCUGGCACAGGGCCUAAACAUGUCUGAGUCCUCUGACUCAGUGGUUCUCAACCUGUGGGUGCGCUACGUGGCAGAGGUCCUCACCGAGAUGCCAAGAAACUUCUUUCAUAUCCAAAAUGUCAGUAAGGCUGGGUUUGGGGACCCUGUGGAGCUAGAUAAGGAUCCAUACCACGUUACCACCAGGGGAAAAUGGGGCAAUAAAGACAGCCUCACCAUCAAGGGCUGGAAAACCAUCACCAAGGGCAAAAAUUAGCCCUAAUUCCUCAUUAACAACAUCAAGUGUUCUGACUACAGAGAGUAUCAGAUCUUGCUUCAGAAUGAGUUUGGAGUCACACACUAUGCUGUUUACAUGCUAGUAGCAGGUACAGAGGGCAGCAGAGGCCAUUUGCAGCCACCCUUCUACACCCUGUGUAGCUCCCCACAGCUACUUAAGCAACCUAAGGCACAACCUUUGCGGUUCUUCCACAUUUCUGGACCUCCUGCAAACCUAAAGCUAUUUGAAGAGGCCCCCAACACAGUGACCCUGACCUGGAAGCAAAAUCCUGAUCUCCAAGAAGAUGGUGAUGCCUACUGAAGAGGGAUGAAAGUCACCCCCACCUGGUUCACUGCAACUGUGGGUGCCCUCAGUGACAAGUACAUGGUGGCCAGCAGGAAAUGCUACUUCAGAGUGGUGGCUCAAAAUGAAAUAGGUGACAGUGACCCACUGUACUCCAUGGAUUCCUGGCUUGCCAAUAAAGACCAUAGUGAAUACAGAACUUGGGAUCUGUGCGUUGUGUCAGGAAUCCCUGAUGGUGAAGAGGACAUAGGGUCACCAAAGGGUGCCCAAGAGUUAAGAUCAAAGAACUGUGAGGACUGGCACCACAUACCCCACUUCUUGACCCCAUUCAAGUCACUCACUGUGGUCUUUGGCCAGGACUACACCAUGACUGGUACCUUGGCUCAUGGUGCUAUCUACAAGGGUGAUGUUUCAACAUCACUGUCUAUUCAAAGUUCUGACCCAACUUCACCGGCAUAUGUAAGCCGGUCAACAUAA